AACCCAGUGCGAUCUGCUGCAGCCAUGGCGGCUGGCCCUCGCGUCCUUGGGCAGCUCGUCCUGUGUUCUUCGCUCCACUGCUGCGUUUUCUUUGCAGAGUUUGGGUUCAGCGCAUGUUGCGCAGCGCGACGACCGCUCUAACUCUCGGUCCCACAAAGGGGUCUCUUACAGCAAUGACACACAUUCGUUCUCGUUGCCCACGCAGAUCGGCUCCAUCAGCGGCUCUAUCUCCACGGCUGCACCACCAUCCGUUCAGAGCCAAACGGCACCCUCAUCACCAGUCGCAAUCAUCGCGACCAUGCAUGCGUCGCUCUCAGCGCUCGAAGGGGCGUUCACGGUGGAAGACUCAGACCCCGACCUUGAUGAUCAUGGUGAUUACGACAGCGAUUACGAGAAAGACGAAUGGCCGCAAUUUCGUGGCGCAUGGAGGAAGACCUGCUACAAGAGGAAAGUAACAUGAUAACCCUCAGAGACGGUCUGCAGAUGCAUGAUGAGGACCAUGUCGA